AUGAAUUCUGGAAUCUUGCAAGUCUUCCAGAGGGAACUCACCUGUCCCAUCUGCAUGAACUACUUCAUAGACCCAGUCACCAUAGACUGUGGGCACAGCUUUUGCCGGCCCUGUUUCUAUCUCCACUGGCAAGACAUCGCAGUUCUUGCUCAGUGUUCUAAAUGCAAGAAGACAACACGGCAGAGAAACCUCAAAACUGACAUUUCUUUGAAGAAGAUGGCUUCCAUCGCCAGAAAAGCCAGUCUCCGGCAAUUCCUUAGCUCUGAGGAGCAAAUAUGUGGGACGCACGGAGAGACAAAGAGGAUGUUCUGUGAAGUGGACAAGAGCCUGCUCUGUUUGCUGUGCUCCAGUAACUCUCAGGAGCACCGGAAUCACACACACUGUCCCAUUGAGCGGGCUGCUGAGGAACACCGGGUAAGAGCUCCUAAAAAAAUGCAGUGUUUGUGGGAAAAAGCUUGUGAAAAUCACAGAAAACUGAGCAUGGAAACCACCAGAACCAGAUGCUGGAAGGAUUAUGUGAGUUUAAGGAUAGAAGCAAUCAGAGCUGAAUAUCAGAAGAUGCCUGCAUUUCUCCAUGAAGAAGAGCAACAUCACUUGGAGAGGCUGCGAAAGGAAGGCGAGGACAUUUUUCAGCAACUCAAUGAAAGCAAAGCCAGAAUGGAACAUUUGAGGGAGCUUUUAAGAGGAAUGUAUGAGGAUCUGAAGCAAAUGUGCCAUAAAGCAGAUGUGGAGCUACUCCAGGCUUCUGGAGACAUAUUACACAGGUGUGAGUCUCUGCUGCUGCAAGUGUCUGAGCCUGUGAAUCCAGAGCUCAGUGCGGGGCCCAUCACUGGACUGCUGGACAGGCUCAAUGGAUUCAGAGUUGAUUUUACUCUGCAGCAUGGAAGAGCCAAUAGUCAUAUCUUCCUGUGUGGAGAUGUGAGAAGCGUGAAUGUUGGAUGUGACCCUCAAGAUGAUCCCGAUAUCACUGCAACAUCCGAAUGUUUUCUUGUAUGGGGGGCUCAGGCUUUCACAUCUGGCAAAUAUUAUUGGGAGGUUCACGUGCGGGACUCUUGGAAUUGGGCUUUUGGAGUCUGUAACAAUUAUUGGAAAGAGAAGAGACAGAAUGACAAGAUAGAUGGAGAGGAGGGACUCUUUCUUCUUGGAUGUGUUAAGGAGGACACUCACUGCAGUCUCUUUACCACCUCCCCAUUUGUGGUGCAAUAUGUUCCAAGACCUACCAGCACAGUAGGAUUAUUCCUGGAUUGUGAAGGUAGAACCAUGAGCUUUGUUGACGUUGAUCAAAGUUCCCUGAUAUACACCAUCCCUAAUUGCUCCUUCUCACCUCCUCUCAGGCCCAUCUUUUGCUGUAGUCACUUCUGA